AUGAAACACCCAAGUGAUAUUCACGUGGUCUCCACUGUUGAUGUUAUUGAUGAAGCGGUGGUUAGUGUAAGCCAUUUGAUGUGUAUGAGUGAACCACUUGACGUUGUGCUUGCUAACUAUGAUGAAUUCGAAAUUCAAGGCAAUGAAGAGGUUGUAGCUGCUCUUUCAGCUGACUUGCUUGAAUUGCAGAUAAAAUUGCUCCUUGAGGUGUUGAGAAGGCAUAUUAAAGUUAUAGGUUGGACGAUCGCUGACAUAGUAAGCAAUCCUCCCGGUAUUUGCACUCACAAAAUUAAGAUUGAUAGUGAGUGUAAACAGAGCGUUGAACAUCAGCGGAGAUUGAACCCACCGAUGCAAGAGGUAGUGAAAAAGGAGAUAAUAGAGUGGUUGGAUGCAGGUGUGAUCUACCCUAUUGCGGAUAGCAAAUGGGUAAGCCCGGUACAAUGUGUACCGAAAAAGGGAGGUAUCACAGUGGUUCCAAAUAAAAAGGGGGAGCUUGUAGCUAUGAGACUGGUGACCGGAUGGAGCAGAGAGGUUGGUAUUGCUUUUUGGAUGGGUAUUCAAGUUACAACCAAAUCUCCAUUGCUCCAGAAGACCAAUAGAAAACCACUUUCACAUGCCCUUAUGGGACUUUUUCCUUUAAAAGGAUGCCAUUCGGCUUAUGCAAUGCUCCAGCAACAUUCUAACGUUGCAUGUUAUCUAUUUUUGCUGACAUGGUGGAGGAUUCAAUGGAGGUGUUUGAAGGAGAAAUUGGUAUCCACCCCGGUCAUCAUUAGUCCUGAUUGGUCAGAAUCUUUUGAAGUAAUGUGUGACGCAAGUGGAACGGCAUUGGUUACUGGACAAGAGUUGCUUGCGGUAGUCUAUGCAUUUGAGAAAUUUCGAGCAUACUUGCUAGGUGCUAAAGUGGUUGUUCACACUAAUCAUGAUGCACUACGUUACCUAAUGGCAAAGAAGGAUGACAAACCAAGAUUGAUAAGAUUAGAAGGCAAGGAGAAUGACGAGCUUGAGAUUGACAUAAAUGAUUAUUUUCUCGAUGAACAAGUGUUCGCAGUAACUCUCAAACAACCUCAUUGGUAUGCUGAUUUUGCCAAUUGCGUAGUGUGUGGAUUAAUGAUGGAUGAACUGAACUUCUACCAACAAAAGAGGUUCAUGUUCGGUGUUAAAAAUUACUUUUGGGAUGAACCAUAUUUAUUUAGAGAGUGUGCAAACCAUAUCAUUAGAAGGUGUGUUCCGGAAGAAGAAGCCAUAGAAAUUCUCCAUGGUUGUCAUGCUUCACCGGUUGGGGGUCAUCAUAGUGGUGUGCGUACAGCUGCUAAAUUUCUCCAAAGUGGCUACUACUGGCCAUCCCUCUACAAAGAUGUGCAUGAAUUUGUUAAGAAGUGCACUCAGUGUCAAAAGCAAGAUUAUGUUUCUAAAUGGGUGGAAGCUAUUGCACUUCCAAACAAUGAAGGGAAAAGUGUUGUUCAAUUCCUGAAACACUAUAGCUUUGAUAGAUUUGGUACUCCUCGAGCUAUCAUUAGUGCUGGUGGAUCCUACUUUUGCAAUAAGUGGUUCUCAUCCGCAUUGAGAAAGUAUAUAGUGAAACACAAAGUAACAACUCUGUAUCAACCCCAAACAAACGGCCAAGUUGAAGUGUCAAACCGGGAGAUCAAGAGCAUCUUGGCCAAGACAGUGAAUGCUAAUAGGACUAAUUGGUCUCGAAAGCUUGAUGACACACUAUGGGCGUAUCGUACCGCAUACACAACACCAAUCGGUAUGUCUCUGUAUCAACUAGUUUUUGGUAAGUCUUGCCAUCUACCUGUUGAAUUGGAACACAAAGCAUUAUGGGCAUUGAAGGUGAAAGAUAUUAUGCGAGAAGAAGAUGCUAUCGACGAUUUGCUAAAGUCGUUUGGCGAGUAUGACUUAGCCCGCCUUAUGGAUCGCAAAGAAGGGCCUGAGAUUUUGGAAUAUUCGGCAAGAGACCUGUAUCACUCGGUCCAUUAUGCGAUUCGUCGACCUGUUCGUGUCCAUUCUCUAAUCACAUUGGCGACAAUGUUGAAUGCUUUCGGUGGGGGUGGCACUUGGUCAGUGAAUUCCUUUGCGUUCUUGGAUCCUCUGGAUUGCGUUUAA